UUGGCUCAAGACCAGGAUGUUGCCCAGAGAGCUGGUUUUGGAACGAGGAGGCUCCACCCAUCGCUCCGGACCAUGUGGUUCCCAUCGCUCCUGUUGCUGUGUUGUUGAGGACAGACAGAAGCUGCUGCUCAGAUGGAUCGGCGAGAGCAUCAGCUGCUUGCGUCGCGAACUCCAAACCAGUCGGGGCUCCGGACAGGUGCGCACGGUGCGGCGCGGAGAGGAUGGGCAGACGUGAGGCGGACAGCCGGGGCGCCAUGAACAACGGCGACCGCUCCGGGCUCGGUGGUCUGCAGGACGCGGCGUCCAGCGGCGAGCAGCCCCGGAGGAUAGACAAGCGGCAGAGAAACGCAGCCGCGGAGGCUGACGCGGACCGGGCCGCCGCGGCGCCCGUGGAGGUGAAGAAGCACCAGCACAAGCACAACUUGAAGCACCGCUACGAGGUGAUGGAGACUCUGGGGAAAGGCACAUACGGCAAAGUGAAGAAAGCAGUGGAGAGAGCGAGCCUGAAGACGGUGGCGAUCAAGUCAAUCCGCAAAGAGCGCAUUACAGAUGACCUGGACAGAAUUCACAUCCAGAGAGAGAUCGAGAUCACCUCGUCACUCAAUCACUCCAACAUCAUACGCUUCCAUGAGGUGUUUGAGAGCCGGGAUAAGAUCGUGAUAGUGAUGGAAUACGCCUGCAGAGGAGAGCUGUAUGAUUACAUACAGGAGAGGAGGCGACUGCCAGAAACAGAAGCCAGAAGCAUCUUCAGACAGAUCACGUCCGCUGUCCACUACUGCCACAAGAACGGCGUCGCGCAUCGAGACCUGAAGUUGGAGAACAUCCUCUUAGAUCAGGAUUUGAACGUAAAGCUGGCUGACUUUGGCCUUUCAAAUCAUUUCCGGAGUGGCACUCUGUUGCAGACCUACUGUGGAAGUCCACUGUAUGCUGCCCCAGAGAUCGUGAAAGGGCGACCAUACCAGGGACCUGAGGUGGACUGCUGGGCGAUGGGGGUUUUGCUGUAUGCCCUGGUGUACAGCAGCAUGCCAUUUGAUGGGGCCAGUCACACCAAGCUCACAGAGCAGAUCAGCCAAGGCCGAUAUCGCAGACCCAACCCCCCCUCAGACGCCUGCGCUCUCAUUGACUGGUUGUUGACAGUGCGUGUAGAUGAGAGGGCCACGAUAGAAGACGUAGCCAACCACUGGUGGGUGAACUGGGGUUAUGAAGAGAGUGUGUGUGAUUGUCCCUCAUCUCCACUCCAAGAAUGCCCCUCCCCCCUGCUGGCGCGUUACAUCGACUGGCAGAAUCGGGUCACUGCUGCAAGUAAUAUGACUGUUGACCCUGAGUGUCUAUCUUCAGACUCCUCCCGUCCUCCUCAGCUUGCUCCCAACCCCUUUUACUUUAGCUUACCUCUGAAGAACGAUUGUGGGGGAGGAGGAGGAGGAGGAGGAGGAAGGAUCCGUGGAGGAAUGUCAAGUCUCAGGAAGUCACGCAAGGAGAAUGCAAUUCCUCAGACUGCACUGGGAGCUUGUGGUGGUGUUUGUGCAGCAGCUGCCGCUGCUUCCACUGCGAUUUCCUCCACUUCCACCAUCGAAAGAAAGAAACCCAAAGGUAUUCUAAAGCUCCAGAGGAGUUUAGAUUCAGUGUUUCACAACCCUCCUAAGGAGAACUCUCCCUCCCCACUGUGUACCACCGUUCCUCAGCCUUAUCGAACACACACACCUGCUCACGCACAUGUUGAUGUGUUGUCCACCAGCCUUCCACCUCAUUCUACUUUCAGUCAGCCGUCAUCCAAAAUGCCCAAGAAGGGGAUACUAAAGAACUUGUAUGGAGGGGAGUCAGGUUAUGGUUCGUCCUCAGAGAGAAGAAGCUCUGGAGUGGGAGACAAAGAGAGUGAUGCCGGUGAGUCGCACUCACACAAACAGCACUCAUGUCUCCCAGCAGCAGAAGAAAGCCCCACCAUGCGCACAGAGGCAGUAAGAAGACGGAAGGGCAUUCUGAAACGCAACGGCAAGUUCUCUCGCAGUCUGGAUCUGCCCGACAGCCUCCACUCAUCUCCCUCCUCGGCCCCCGCGAUAUUCCCCGAGGCGCUGCAGCAGCUCCUCAGGGCCACAGGGGACGCAGAGGGACGCCGCAGCCGCCCAUCCAGUGUGGUGAGCGAGGACAGCCUCUUCUCCUCGGACUCCUUCGAUCUGCUGGACCUCACCGCCCAGUCACGUCGUAGGAUUUUCUCCCGAGGCAUGCAGCACAGUGCCUGCAGCUCCGAGGACGACCUGGAGCAGCUGAGGACGGAGGAAGACGGGGCUGGUGAAGGCAGGGAAGGAGAGAAGAAUAUGCUUACAUAAGGCUGACAAGACAUUAAUGUGGUGGAAAGUUGGGUUUAUUGCUAGUUCUUCUGUUCACUUUUCUGUGAUAAUUAGUGCCUGCUGUCUUGAAAAGACUUAAUGAACUCUGGAAAGGUUGCAUCUCAAGUGCACUGACCGCUCAGAGCACUGCACUCAAUGUAAAGCACCAUUUCUUGGCACAUUUUCCAAUAUUUAAUGAUAAAUUAAAUUGCAGCUGUUAAAAGUUUAACUUUAUAACAGUCUGUUUAAUGGAUUCCACCCUUGUCUCCUGCACAACAGACACUGUUUGUAGAUUUUAAAGAUUCCUAGUCAGAUGAACUAUGAAAAACUGUGUCUGAAUGCUGUCGUCUGCCGAAGUGGUAAAGUACCAUCUUCGAAAUUUGUAUUGAGUAAGUAGGAAUAUACAUGCUCUGCUUCUUGGGCCAUUUUGGAGGUAAGAAAUCUGAGUUGCAAUGCCAAAUACUCAGAAACAGAUGAAAAAAAAAUCACGAUAUACCAUGCAUCAAAAAUGACCACAAGAAAAAAAGUUGUUCUGAAAUUAGUACAUAAAACAAAUGUAAGUCUUUCAACAGUGUUCCUGCAUUGUUUGUCACAGUGAAGACUACUGCUCUUUUCAUUGUCAUCUUGUUUCACCCUCUUCUUCUGCAGUGGUUUAAUGGCACCCAGCUUGAAAAUUGACAUCAUCAUUCAUUUGUCUUGAUGUGCUGCACUCCAUAUAUUUACAUCACCGUCGCAGAUGACAUUGUGUUUUAAUUAGCAUUUACCUCGGACAACUUUCUUGAAAUUCUGUGAAAAAUGUGUGCCAUGUUUGGGUGGAAACCAGACUACAGAAGUCUCCAAUAUGAGUAUAAAUUCUGCUACACUGACUCUUUGUGACAUUUUAAGUAUUCAUGUACAGUAUUUGUCAACAAAUAUAACUUCUCCUAUGAAGACAUACACUGCCCAUCCAAAAAAAGUCACACACCUUAAUAUUUCAUUGGACUGCCUUUAGCUUUGAGAACGGCACACAUUCACUGUGGCAUCGCUUUGAUCAGCUUCUGCAAAGUCACAGCAUUUAUUUCUGUCCAGAGCUGCAUUAAUUUUCUACCAAGAUCUUACAUUGAGGAUGGGAGAGUCGGACUGAUGCACUAAGUCUUCUCCAGAACAUCCCAAAGAUUCUCAAUGAGGUUGAGGUCUGGACUCUGUGGAGGCCAAUGCAUGUGUGAAAAUGACGUCUAAUGCUCCCUGAACCACUCAUUCACAAUGUGAGCCCCAUGAAUCCUUGCAUUGUCAUCUUGGAACAUAACCCUAACCAUCAGGGAAGAAAAACUCCAUUGAUGGAAAGGUCUGAUAUUUUUUAGUAUACUUAGGUAGUCAGCUGACCUCAUUCUUUGGGCACGUAACAUUGCUGAACCUAACCAACCCCAGAUCAUAACCCUAACCCUCACAGACUUGAAGGCACUAGCCAUGAUAAGUGCAUGGCUUCAUUCGCAUCUCUUCUUACCCUGAUGCCCCCAUCACUUUGGAACGGUAAAUCUGGACUCAUCAGGCCACAUGAUCGAUCGCAUUUGUUGAUCGAAGAUGAUGGUUCACCGCUAUCCUUCCAGGUUUUAAUAAUGUGCUGGACGGUUCUUAACCCGAUUUUUGUGGUUUCAGAAAUAUCCUUAGUUGUUUUCUUUGCUUGAUGCAGGCCAAUAACGUGACCCUUCUGAAACAGAUUAACAUCCUUUCUACAACCUCAGGAUAUGUCUUCUGACAUGGUUGUUUAAGAAAUGAGAAGCUCCUCGCUGCAUCAGCGAGGGUUAAAUAAGCUGUUGCAGCUGAAACAUAUUCGUCGCUGCAGUAAUUACCUAGUGGAAGGCUCUUACCUAUUUGCUUAGUUCAAUCCAGGUGGUGACUUUUUUUGGACAGGCAGUGUAUUAUCUCAUUACAACUGUGAUUCACUGUGUUUUCAUUCAUUAUCUCUUUGCUUACCAUUCUGUGGGUAAUGGGUAUGUACUCUUGCCCUCUAGAGAUGCUAUAGUUGUUGACAAAAACAGUACUUUACAAAACAUGUAGAUCUGUGUACAAGUACAUUACAGUUGGUUAUAAACCAUGCAUCAAAUGUUUAUAUUUCAUCUAUGUAUAAAUACUUGAUGGGGGAAGUGUUACCUAUUUCAGUACAUGUCAUGAAGUAUAUUCAUAUUACACAGUGUUGUACUGUGCACAGUUUGCUCCUUUGCACAAACACAUACAGUGUGAACAGCACAUGCAUCACAUCGCUUUUUACCACCAAUGCUGCUGUGGAUGCUUACAGUGAUGUAUACAGUAGAUGUAUGCAAUUUUAGAUCUAUAAUUUUCAUACUGUGAGAACAUAAUAUUGUUAAUUGUG